AGGCGCGCCGCGUGCACUAACCAAACCUGGCCUGUGCCACUGAAUCUGUCUGUGGAGGACAAUUUCGCCCUGACCGAGCCGCGUGAGCAAAACGGCUCCGAGAUUAUUGUAUAGGCUCCAUUUCGACGCACGAACGGCUCUGAUCAUCUGAUUGCGAUGAUUUAGGAGGGAUUGUCAUGUGGAUCCUGUUGCCGUAGCCUAGCCUACAGAGAGGGUAGCCUACCAGAGCUAGAGCGAGAUUGGGUCGUGAUGCAGCAGUGUGUUUGACGGCUUGUCACGUCGGCUAUACUUAUCUUUGAAGAUCGUGCUUAGAAUGUAACAGCCUACAUUAAACCAGCUCAUGGGACAGACAGAAACAGAGUUGUUAUAAGUUGAGAGAACGGAUCACCGUCAGCGCUGACAUGCACAUCAUUGUCUACUUCCUCUGGUGAGGAUAUUGAAUCGUGUCUCUCUCUUUCCUCUCAUCCUCCUCAUCCUUCUUCCGGCAUCACUGACGGAGGCUGCUGAUGCUGCGGUAGCUCGUGAAAAAAAUCUCCGUAGCAACUACCUGGACCGGGCUGUGCCGACUAGAUGCUGUGAAUUAUCCCGUAGGAAUGUGAUUUGGGCUAUACCGGAGGGAAGGCAUCAUAGACAUUGCGUUUCGUUUGCUCGGGUUUGACACCGUCGCUGUCGUCAUCAUUGCUUAGGAAAGAGCCAUAGGCUAUUGCAAUAACUGCUGUUCUGUAAGCUAUUGGAAGGCCUUAUUAUUUGAUAUUGGUUUGAAUCUUAUAAUGAGUCAUGUGUUAUGGGUAAUAUCCGAAUAACAAUCUGAUAUUUGCUGUGUUUUUCAAGGAGGUAUUCCGGAGACAUACAAGUGACACGUGCCAGAAGCGAUGUCUGACAAACGGCUAGACAGCCAUACAUAGCCUAUGAGAAAGGUGGGAGGGAAUUAUUUCUCAUACAGGCUAGUUCAGGAGUCGCCAAGUUCUCAGAGUUAUCGUUUAGGCUAAAUAUAGGCGCGAGCUUGCAGAUGAGCUUUUGGCUAUCCAGUUGAAUAUGCUUGCCAGAUGUUGCCUUUACUGUGAUUCAUUCAGUUGCAUGGGUGGAUAUCUAUCUAGGCUACAUUGGGUUGCAUUUCUACAGCAAAAAAUAUCUACUCACUCCUGCAUUUCUCAACUAAUUAAUUAGUCAGUGCCCCCCGUUGCUCAUAGACCUACUUUAAUAGGCUUACCUACAUCAUAAGAAUACCGGGACUGGGAUACAACACUAACUGUGCUACAAUGAUUCCCGGAUCGGCUGCGUCGAUGCUCCCAUCGAUGUCUUCGGAAGACAUUAAACUAUACCAGCAUAACUACGUCCGCAACUCCCGUGCCAUCGGACUCCUGUGGGCCAUCUUCACCAUCCUGUUCGCCAUCUUGAACGUGGUGAUCUUCAGCCAGCCCUAUUGGAUCGGGGACGGCGUGGACACCCCGCAGGCCGGCUACUUCGGCCUCUUCCACUUCUGCACCGGCGACGGGAUCCAGAGGGAGCUCGACUGCACAGGAACCUUCACCGAGUUCGCUCAGAUCCCUUCCACCGCGUUCAAGGCCGCGUCGUUCUUCGUCGGGAUGUCAAUGAUGCUGGUGAUAGCUUGCAUUGCUUCUUUCACUCUCUUCUUCCUGUUCUCCACCAACACCGUCUAUAAGAUCUGCGGCUGGAUGCAGGGGGCCUCGGGUGUGUGUCUGGUGAUGGGCUGUAUAAUCUACCCUGAUGGCUGGGACAGUGACGAGGUGCGGAGGAUGUGCGGUGAGCAGACAGACAAGUACAGCCUGGGAGCGUGCUCCAUGCGCUGGGCUUACAUCCUGGCUAUCAUGGGGGUCCUGAAUGCCCUCAUGCUCUCCUUCCUGGCCUUCGUACUGGGCAACAGGCAGGACGGACUCAUGACCGAGGAACUGCUGGCCGAGAGCAAGGAAGCUGGGAAUGCCUAAAACAUCCAUAGUGUGUGUGUUCACCGUUCAUCACUCUCCAGCUUUUUACCCAUCACCCCCAGAAGAGGACAGCACACCAUGGCUGUGGGAGAGAGCGAGGAGAGAGUGAGAGAAAGGAAAGGAGAAAGAGAGAGUGGGGGAUGACGGAGGGAAGAGGAGGAGAAAUGGAUAGCUAUGGAACUAGAAGCCUCCAAUCCAUUCACACUUGCACGUUCACACUGUAAUAUUCUACCCCUCACUCUCUAGUUUAUAAUAUAUACUGUAUCUGCCAAUGAUAUGUACAUUCACUACCAGUCAAAAGUUUGGACGCACCUACU